CAAGGAAUUGUUGCUAUUAUUCCUCAAUAUCAAUAGCUUGUCCGCGCCGACGACUAGCUCUUACCUGAACUUCCACCGCCUUUACGCCUUGUCCAAUUACGACUUCAAUGGCUUUAUGGAGAUCUGUGGGAAAUUCAAGUUCAAACACGGCACUACGCAGCUAGCAUCUUGCAUGUUUGACGAGUUCUCGGGUACGACGCUAUUCAAAGAGGCUCUCAAGUCAAUCACAACAAAGCCGAACGAAGUUGAUGUCACAACGACGUCUGGAAAUUCCUUCCGCGCUUCAAACGUAAUCUGCACCGUGCCUUUGCACUGUCUAUCUGACAUCGAGUUUUCUCCUCCCCUCCCUGCAGUCUGGACAACCACGAGACAUGCCAAUAUGGGCGGGAAGGUCCAUAUUCACGUCCAAGAGAAAGUUCCUGCCUGGUUUGGUCUUCGUGACGAGACUGCCAACGUUUCCGCCCUGUUUACAGAAUCGCCUUCAUCGACGGGGGGGACACAUAUGGUGAGCUUUGCAAUGUCUGAGGGAAUGAUUGCUCAGGAUCACUUGAAAGCAAAGCCAUCAGCAUAUCUUGAGGCUGCUACCGCCGAUGUCACCCCGCCCGGGUUGAACGUUUCGCCGACGCACAUGUUCUGGCACGACUGGGUGCGUGACGAAUUUGCAAAGGGGGCAUGGGCGUCGCAUCAACCAGGGACUCUGAGCAAGGGUCUUGGCCAGAUCAUGAACAAACCCCAGGUUACGGAGCGGCUCUAUAUGGCUAAUGCCGACUGGGCCAAUGGAUGGGUUGGCUAUAUCGAUGGAGCGAUUGAAAUGGGCCGGAGAGCCGCGAAGGAAAUCGCAGUGAAGAGCCAAGUUAUGUCCACGGCUCAGUCUUGGCCUCCUGCAGCCCGUAUGUAGAGAGGUGAAUCUGAUACAUUGUGAGAUUUUACUCGCACAGCG